AUGAUCAAUGCUCUCCCUACAUUGUAUGAAAUCGUCAGUGGCAAGGCGAAGGAAAAGCCAUCGGAUUGUAACCCCAGCAGAAAGAGAUUCAAGCCAAGUGCACAAGCUGGAGGUAGUAAAUCCUCAAGCAGGAGCAAGAGAGAAAAGGGUAAAGAAAGGGUAUCAUCGGAUUCGGAUGAAGCAUGUGGUGCAUGUAGAGGACGUGAAUCACAUAAGGAUUGGAUAUGCUGCGACUUCUGUAAUAACUGGUUUCAUGACGUAUGCGUAAAUAUUACCCCCGACGAGGCUGAGAAGGCGGCGACAUACGAAUGCCCCUAUUGCAGCAACCCGGGAAAGCAGGCCAAGUGA